UCUCCAGGUUGGUGGAAGAUGGGAAGAGUGUUCGUGAUAGAACUCGAGGGACCCGUCUACACAUGCACAAAGUGCCACACACAUCUCGGGCUUCCCAAUGAUAUCAUCGCUAAGAAUGGUCGUCACGAAUAUAACUUCACUAGACUCUUCAAUACAUUUCUGGUUGAAUCAACUUCCAAUUCCGCUUUCCCAGAUAUCUGUUGCGUCGGUUGUUCCAAAAACAUGGGCAUUUAUAGCGUAAGUGAUCCAAAUAGUUACUGGGUUAUGAGGGGCGAGCUCCAUGGACCGGAAGGAAGCGAUGAUGAGGUUUAGGAGUUGGUAUAUGAUUAAGAAAAAGAAGACAAUGUGGAGUAGAAGUCUAUGUUCUUGAUUUUCAUAUUGCUUUGUAUAGUGUGUGAAUGGUGAAUAGUCUCAAGAACAAAUCGCAUAUUCUUUCUUUUGGGAUUUUGAUGACAUUUAAAAGUUCUUACUUUUGCACUUCUUCUAUAUGUACAAUGAAAUUAGCUAUCACUAAUGGCAUGUGAACUGAAUCA